AUGGUUUACAUGGGCCCUUUGGAUCCACCAAGGGAUCAAACCGUUAAAACCCUCUUCAUCCGUCUUCUCAACUCCAAUGUUCACGAGGAGCACCUACGUGAUCGUUUCUCUCCUUAUGGAGAGAUCGAAUCUAUUGUCUACUUUGGCAUGAGAGGUGUGAGUUGUGCUUUUCUCACCUACACAACCCGACAAGCUGCAGAGAAGGCCAUGCUAGAGCACUCCCCAUGGGUUGAUGUCAACGGUCAGAUGCUUAAACUGUUAUGGGGAACACAUCGGAUCCCGAAAGACGCUGAACUAGUUGGAGGAUCUAACGUGGUCAAGAAUGAUGGUGGUGGUUUUGCUUGGGUUAAGGAGACCAAAGAUGUUGUAGAGCUUCCAUACUGGUGCAAACGAGGUUAUGGCAGUUCUGAACAGCUUGGUGGUUGGGGGUUUGAUGGAAGAAGAGGAUGGGAUGCUGGCAUUGGCGGUUCAAACUGGGCUAAAGUGAAUGCUGUUGGUGGAUUUGGCGAAUGCUUAAACUGGGGUAGGGCAAACGAUGGUAUAUCAAGCUCGGGGAAGGACAAUUAUUCUAGUGGGGGAUCUAACUGGGGUCAACAGGAUGGUUGUGGUUUUGCUUGGGGUAGCCAGAACAACAACUAUGGUGGUGGGGGUCCAAGCUGGUCCAGUCUAGGUGAUGCCGGACGAACAGGAGGCUGGGAAACCAACACUGGGGAUGAUGAUGAUGAUGCAUGGGGAUGCAAACCAAACGCAGUAGCGUCGUCAUCAAGUGGAGAUCAGUAA